AAACACAGGUAGUGCUCCGUAUAAGUACUAUAUACAAUGUCUCAACCGAUAAUAAACGCGGAAGAUUGUAAAAAUAUUGUCCGGAAAUACCUGGACAGUGACAAGUUCGAGUAUGUGACGUUUAAAAUUAAACCGUUUAUCGACAACGAACGGGACUACUUCAAAGGAGACUCCCUGUUGGAAAUAAGUGUAAAAAUAUCGAAAAACAUUUCACGAAUACGAGUUUUCUUGAAGAAGUACCAUUGGAAAUACAAACCUUUAGUACUAUUUCUCCAGUCCAUCCAUGCCUUUGAAAGAGAAUUACGUUUUUAUGAAGUCAUUUUACCAAAAAUAAUCAAUUCGCUGAAAAAUUACGAACUUGAUAUUGCUCCCCACUACAUGUUUGGUAAAGCAAACGACUUCAUAGUUUUGGAAGACUUAUCAUUAGACUCUUUUGUGGUAGCUAAAAAAAUGAACCCCCAUAUUUUGGAUAGGUUCCAUAUCAGUUUGGGACUACAAACUUUAGCAAAACUACACUCUGCAUUUAUAGCACAUCAGGAAAUUUGUAAAGGUACCAAAGAAUCACUUGAUUCAGAAGAAUUAAUAUUAGAAGAACCUUUUCUUAAAGAUGGUAAAAUAUUGGAAUCUAGUGUAAAGAGUUUGAAGUCAUUACUGGAAAUAAUAAGAGAAUCUGAACAUUUCGAUAAGGAUUUAGGAAAAAAACUCGAUGAUUUGGUGAUAAAAAGCAUUGAUCUAGUAAAACCUCAAAAAAAGUACCGUAAUGUUCUGUGCCAUGGUAAUCUCCAUACUCGAGAUAUGUUGUUCAGAUAUGAAGGAAACUCUCCAGUACAGUGCAACCUCCUCAAUUUUGAAUACUGUAAGUAUUAUGUUCCAGCGUACGAUGUCCUAACAUUCAUAUUUUUUACCACAUCCAGUUUAUUUCGUCAGCAUUACUAUACCUAUUUAAUCCAGUAUUAUUACGAUAACCUCAAGUCAGAACUGGCAAAAUUAAAUCUACAAAUCGAAGACAUUCUUCCUGUUACAGAAUAUCACGAGACCAUCAAUAUUCUUAUGCCAACGAUUAAACUGAAGACUUGUCUUCAUUUACAAGACUUUGGAGCGAAGAAGGGGUUCUAUGAUGCAAUCAAAAAGAACGAGCAACUUUACAACACAUAUCUGUACGAAAAUAAGUCGGAGUGUAUUAAAGAAAUUUUGCGGAUGGAUCCAAUUUUCAAAAUUAUGAUGACAGAAGCUCUAAAAGAAUUGAUUGAAGUUGUAGAGAUAACUUUGGUGUAUCGCGAAGAUUGUUAUAAGUUGUUGGAAGAGGAAUUACAAACGACUUUGUAUGAUAUUAAGGAUUAUGAAGUUUCUGCUAGUGAAGGAAGUGAUAAUAAGUUAUUGAAUUUAGUAAUAAGAGCUGUUACAGGGGAUAAACAAGAAGAUAUUAAUGAAUUUAAAUACUCAGUCGUCACUGAAAAUAGGAUUAAGAAAUUUAAUAAACUCUAACCCUCAAACUGUUAUCAUUUUGAUUUUAAUUAUGUUUAUUAGUAUUUAUUCUAGCAUAUUAAUGAAAAUUAUAUAUUUUGUCUAUAUAGUUAAACCAAUUAUGUAAAUAAAUUAUGUUCAGCCAAUGCCAAUGCCGAGGAUAUUUGACAAUAACCGUUGUCUGUCAUAUUAAUUUACAAGUUAUACUUUGUCACUUUUGUGGAUGUCGUUUGUCGACAUUUUCCCUGAUUCUUUGGAUAAACUGUACCUAUUAAUUGUUUAAAGGCCAUUAUUAAAUUAAAGACUAUUCUUAAUACCACAUAAUGCAUUAAUAAAUUGUUUAAAAUUUACGUAAAAAUCAUUAUCUACUGAUAAGACUGAUAGUGAAUGAUAUUUUUAUCUAAUUAUAGAUAUUUCAAAUAAACUAUAAUAUAGG